AUGCACAUCUCUCUUUGCAUUGCUGCAGGUUUCCAACUGAUGCAUCAGCUGAAAGGCAUGAGUUUAAGGCUGGUUUUACUGCCUGCUCUCUUCGUGGUGAUGAUCGUUGGUGCACAGAAAGCUUGUCCAAAGAACUGCAGGUGCGAUGGGAAAAUUGUUUAUUGUGAGUCCCAUGCCUUCAGAGACAUCCCCCAGAAUAUUUCGAGUGGCUCCCAAGGACUAUCCUUGCGUUACAACAGCAUUCAGAAGCUCAAGUCCAACCAGUUCUCUGGACUUAACCAAUUGGUUUGGCUUUACCUUGAUCACAAUUACAUUAGCCUUGUGGAUGAGGAAGCCUUCCAGGGCAUACGUCGACUUAAAGAACUGAUUCUAAGCUCAAAUAAAAUCACUAACCUUGCAAAUGCCACCUUCCACCCUGUACCUAAUCUUCGGAGUUUGGAUCUGUCAUACAACAAACUUCAAACUUUGCAAUCAGAACAAUUUAAGGGCCUUCGCAAGCUCUUGAUUUUGCAUCUGCGCUCCAACUCCCUAAAAACAGUGCCAGUCCGGGUCUUUCAGGACUGCCGUAACUUGGAUUUUUUGGAUUUGGGUUACAAUCGACUUAGGAGCCUGUCUCGUAAUGCUUUUGCUGGCCUCCUAAAACUUACUGAGCUUCAUUUGGAACACAACCAGUUUUCUAAAGUGAACUUUGCUCACUUCCCUCGGCUCUUUAACCUGCGCUCUCUUUACUUACAGUGGAACAAAAUCCGAUCUAUCAGCCAAGGAUUAACUUGGACAUGGACAGCUCUUCACAACCUUGACUUGUCAGGGAAUGAUAUACAAAGCAUAGAGCCUGGGACCUUUCAGUGCCUCCCCAAUUUGCAGAAGCUCAACUUGGAAUCCAACAAGCUUACCAAUAUCACCCAGGAAACAUUAAAUGCCUGGAUAUCCUUGACCUCCAUAACUCUCUCUGGUAACAUAUGGGAAUGUAGUAAAUCAAUAUGUCCUCUGGUCUUUUGGCUAAAGAACUUCAAAGGAAACAAAGAAAGUAUCAUGAUUUGUGCAGGCCCCAAACAUAUCCAAGGUGAAAAAGUUAUUGAUGCAGUGGAAACCUACAAUAUCUGUGAUGAAACUCCAGUGUUGGUAACUGAAAAGGCUUAUCAGACAACUAAAUCCCCACCAAAACCCCAAAUCAUCCCUAAGCCUACAGUAUACAAGUUUGAGAGUGUACCCCCAAUAUCAUUUUCUCCUAGCCCAUCCCCAAGUCUUCAGACGCCCAUGGCUGAACAAGAAUAUGAGCAUGUUUCCUUCCACAAAAUUAUAGCUGGGAGUGUGGCCCUUUUCCUAUCUGUGGCAAUGAUCCUAUUAGUCAUCUAUGUGUCAUGGAAACGUUAUCCUGCUAGCAUGAAGCAACUACAGCAAAAUUCCAUGAUGAAGAGACGUCGGAAAAAGGCCAGAGAGUCAGAGAGACAAAUAAACUCCCCUUUACAGGAGUAUUAUGUGGACUACAAACCUUCGAACACUGAACCCAUGGAUGUAUUGGUUAAUGGAUCUGGACCCUGCACAUAUACCAUCUCUGGCUCCAGGGAAUGCGAGGACAUGUUACCAUGGAAAAAGAUGACGGUUCUGCAUACUAAAGAGGCCCAGUGUCAAAAUGGUAUAGAAUUAAAGGCCAGGUACAGUCAGGUCUCCACAGUGCAAGCCUCCCUUUGCUGACCCAUACCUUGAGCUGAGCUGAGACUACAUGCCUAGGAGGUCCCACGGCACAUCAAGACUCUCCCAUACUAUACUUACGACCAACCCAUGGUUGGAUAUUGUCAGACACACAAAUCGCUCCUUGUAAAUAAGGGCUAUGACUGCACUUCUCGAGAGCAGAGAGAGACCACUAACUUGGAACUCAGCAAGGACCAGAGCUAUAUCUCUACUAUAGCUCGUUCAGCAGCGCCCACUAUAUACAUUGAGAGGAUAUCAAACUAAUAAUCAGGUGGCUUUUUUUUUUUUUUUGGUGCGUACCUCAUUUGAAAGAGGAUUCAGAAUCACUCAGAGAGCAGAUGGGAAUCCGGAUACAGAAACUAGUGCUCCUGAAAAAUAGAAAAAAAAAAUGUACUGCAAAACUGAAACACAAUCAUUUGGAAAAAGAAAAAACUUAAAUUAAAAAAAAAAAUGCGGAAAAAGGAAGAUUUGGGAACGGUGGGCAUUUCUUGGCUUUAAACAAUAUUUUAAAACCCACUGAUGUAAAAAAACAAAGUAAUAAUAAUAUAAAAAAGGAUCAUUAUAAUGGAUUUCGGAACCAGAUUUUGGAUUUAUUCUGGUUGCAUAUGAGAGGAAUAAGUCUGCUUGUAUAUUUGAUUUUCUUUUUUUCUUUUUUCUUUUUUCUACACGUUGCAUGGUUCCAAUACAGUUGAACCAAAAUGGAGAGACUUUGUUUGAGCGUAUAGGGGAAUGCUACUUGUUACAUGUUUAAAAAAAAACAAAGUGGGGUUCUCUGAACUGUGUUUUCAUUUUUUUCCUGGUUAAAUGGGGGGUGGGGUGGGUGAGGGAUGAUUUUUUUUAUUAGACUGCCAGCUGCAGGUUCCAGCAUUAAGACCCAUGUUCAACCAGAGAUUAUUUCCUGGUGCAUUUAAGUAAUAAAGGUCUGCAGUGUUGGUUUAGGGACGUUUUCCCUGCUUGCCCCUAAACACUGAUAUAUAGUGGACUGCCCUUCCAAAAUUAAAUUUUAUUUGGAUUUUAUUGACAGUUCUAAAUCACGAGAGAGCUUAUAAUAUUGUUUUGUUUGGUUGUUUUUUUUUUUAAAAAAAAACUCUUAUGAUCAGUUAUAGCUUUUGUGUAGUUUUUAUCAAUAAAAAACAUAUG